AACCAUCAGUUGUUUCCUCGUUUUGGCAACAUGAAAUUCUUGAUUGUUUUCGCUUUGGCCUUGGCCACCGCCUCCGCUGGCGUCAUUGAACCCCGCGACAUCUUGGUCGAUACCGAGGGCCGUAUUACCAAUGGUCGUGAUGCCGCCGUUGGCCAAUUCCCCUAUCAAGUUGGUCUUUCCUUGAAAGUUAGCUCCACCUCUUCCUCCUGGUGCGGUGGUUCCUUGAUUGGCAACCGUUGGGUUUUGACUGCUGCUCACUGUACCGAUGGUAUCUCCUCCAUCACCGUCUACUUGGGUGCCACCGUCCGCACCUCUCCCGAAGUCACCCACACCGUUAGCAAGAGCGAUGUCAUCAUCCACGCCGGCUGGAACAGCAAGACCUUGAAGAACGACAUCUCCUUGAUCAAGAUCCCCUCCGUCACCUACACCAGCAAGAUCAAGGCCGUUAAAUUGCCCGCCAUUGCCAGCUCUUACUCCACCUAUGCCGGUGAUACCGCCGUCGCUUCCGGUUGGGGCCGUACCUCUGACUCCUCCUCUGCCGUUGCCAGCCACUUGAAAUACGCCGACAUGAAGGUCAUCACCAACACCGUUUGCAAGGCCACCUUCGGCACCACCAUCACUGACUCGAACAUUUGCGUUUCCACUCCCAACGGUGUAUCCACCUGUAACGGUGACUCUGGUGGCCCAUUGGUCUUGAAAUCCAACAGUGUCCAAAUCGGUUUGACUUCUUUCGGUUCGGCUGCCGGUUGCGAAAAGGGCUACCCAGCUGCCUUCACCCGUGUCACCAGCUACUUGAGCUGGAUCAAGACCCACACUGGUAUCUCCUAUUAAGUGCGCUACUUCGUGGUAAUGAAAUUGUAGGAAUUUUUUUACGUUUCAUGUUGAAACUUAAAUAAAGUGUUAAUAUUUCAUUCAAAACGAUUUUGGAAUUAUUUGCCGAGUAUGUGCUUUGGGAAGAAGGAAGUUGGUGAUGCGAAUUUUUUGAAAAUAUUUUUCGAGAGAAUUUUUUAAAGGAUUGUCUGAGGUAUCGUUUUUUUUUUUAAUUUCUUGAAAGCAGCUAUAAGCUUCGGCCUUUUCAGUUGUGUUUUCCUUCAUUUUCAUUUCGGAGGAGUACCAGAGCAAAUUUCAAUUUUUUUACCCUCAACCAUAUGGCUAGAGAGGGUAUAUAUAAUUUGACCAAAAUGUGCCUCAUCCAAAUAACGAUUUCAG